AUGACUGUUCAAUCUGCUCUUCUCACGGACAACCACUGUCUCUUUUCACCUUCUCGGCCGAGUAGAUUUGAGAUCCGUGGUGACAACAGCCUGCGUCUGGUAAGGGUCCUAGCAGAGGACGAGGGAACUUACACGUGUGUCACAGAAAACAGCGGGGGCAAAACCGAAGCCUCCGCCGUGCUGCAGGUCCAUGUGCCCCCACAGAUUGACGUACGUCCCCAGGAUCAAGUCGCUGCCCAAGGACGGACUGUCACUUUUCAAUGUGGCACCCAGGGAAACCCUCUUCCAGCAGUUUUCUGGCAGAAAGAAGGUAGUCAGAUGCUGCUUUUCCCUGGCCAACCUCCUUCCCAGUCGGGCCGUUAUUCUGUGUCCAUGAGCGGAGAGCUGUCCAUCUCUGAUGUUCACUCGGAGGACUCCGGCUACUAUAUCUGCCAGGCGAUUAGUGUGGCAGGAAGUGUCCUCGCCAAGGCUCUGCUGGAAGUGGAAACUGGUCCAUCAGAUCUCGUCCCUCCAAUUAUCCGACAGGGCCCAGCCAACCAGACGCUCGCUUUAGGCUCCAGUGCCCUACUCCAGUGCCAUGGGAUGGGCAGCCCAAUCCCCAGCGUCAGGUGGGAGAAGGACGGGGAAAGCGUUCUGAGCGAUGACAUUCACAUAAGCCUAAUGGAAAACGGCACUUUACACAUCAGCGGCUUGAAGGAGACCGACUCAGGGAUGUACACCUGUGUCGCAUCCAGUUCCACUGGUGAGAUGAGUUGGAGUGGGACCGUGACAGUGAAAGCGACUGGAACGUCUUCCGUCCCGCGGGUCUCGCAGUCCCUGCAGCUGCCUGGUCCUCCUCAGAAGCCCGUGGUGACAGAUGUGACCUCAAAUAGCGUCACUCUCACUUGGCAGCCCAACCCACAUGAGGGCGGAGCUGCUGUCACUUCCUACAUCAUCGAGGCUUUCAGUCAGUCAGUGGGCAGCACAUGGCAGACUGUAGCUGAUCUCGUGAGGCUAGAGAAGCACACAGUGUCUGGGCUUUACCCCAAUACCGUGUACCUUUUCAUCAUCCGAGCGGUCAACUCCUAUGGCCUGAGUGACCCCAGCCCCAUCUCAGAGCCAGUCCGAACACAAGAUGGUCCAGAAGGUCAGGGGACAGACCAGGCACAUGUGCAGAUGGAUUUAGGAGGGGUCAAGGUUCGUCUGCAGACACCCAAAGUCUUGAGCCCUACAAGUGUUCAAAUCACAUGGACUCUUGACCAGCAUCCUCGCUAUAUUGAAGGUUACAGGAUGUAUUACAGGCCUGUGGGGAGUGCGUGGAUGAUCCAGGACGUAAAAGCAGGUCCCCUACACACUGCUGUCCUAACAGAGCUACACAGAGGAAAAGAAUACGAGUUCAAAAUGAGACCGUAUUACAAUGAGUUUCAGGGGAUUGACAGUGAAAUAGCUGUGGUUCGCACUCCUGAUGAAGUGCUGAGCGGCCCUCCUCAGGGAGUCAGCGUGGUGCAGUUAAGUAACAGUUCAACCGUGCGAGUGUCCUGGCAGCCUCCUCCCCCCGAUGUGCCAGAAGAGCUCAUACUAGAGUACAGGGUGUGGUGUGUAGGAAACGAGUCUCAGCAGAUGAUCAACAGGAGUGUGGAUGGGGAUACACUGUGGGUGCUGUUGGACGGGCUGUUGCCCGAGUCUAUGUAUCGCGUGCAGGUCGCAGCGGUGACAAUUGCAGGAGUGGGCACUUAUAGCCAACCCGUGUUCAUCUUCCUGAAAGUAGCAAUAGAUCAGUCCUUGUCAGUGGUGAAGGAUGAUAGUGUCAGCCUAUCCGAGCAGAUCACAGUGGUGGUCCGUCAGCCAGCUUUCAUCGCCGGGGUUGGUGUAUCAUUCUGGAUGGUUCUAAUGGGUUUCAGCGCCUGGAUCUACUGCAGACACAAGAGUAGGAAAGAACUUGGACACUAUACUACUUCCUUUGCAUAUACGCCCGCAGUCGCACUCUCUCGUGGUGAUGGGUCGGAUCUUAUAAAUGGAAGGCCAUGUUUGCUGGAGUCACACUUGGGUAACUACCCUUGGCUGGCUGACUCGUGGCCUACCAGCAACUUCACUCGAAAUGGAAAAGACUCGGUUAACUGCUGUGCAGGCAGACUUGAUUCCACAGAUCAAUACUACAACACUUCAGGAUUAUCCAAUUAUCUGAGCCAGAAUGGGAAGUACAGCCCAGCCUCUAAUGAAGGCGCCAUUUACUGUACCAUUAACCCCGCCGAUGCAGAUGGGCAUGACGUAUGCAGCCUGUACUCUCAGGGUCCAGACCCAUACACCAGCACACCAGUCCUCUCCAAAACUGACCUCUACAGUAUGGAGCAGGACCUGGAUCAGUGGAGCCUUCAGUCCAGCCACAGUGGAGCAGAUUAUGCAAAACUUCAGUACCCAAGAGGCGAAAAUGCCAAACUGAUGAAGCAGAAGUCUCUAGGACAAACCUCUUCACCAACUUGGUCUGAUGUGUUGUCCCUACAUUCAGUACAAAACAAGGAGGAUCAAAACACAGGAUCAAGACACAGCCCUGAGGAGGAUGAAGAGUGGUGUCCUCCACUGCCUGAGCGAUCUUAUCUGAUUGAGGGUCUGGAGGACGUAGCCACUCUGCCUUUGAGGGGAGACGAAACCAACAGGGCCACGACCUACAGUCUGCAGUCCACAGCAACUCUCACGCCCUCCCCCAGCGAGGAGCAGUACCCGCCGAACCUGCACCAUCCAGACCUGCUGCCACGGAAAACACAGUGUGCACACAAUACACAGUUUGCUCUUUCCAACCCAAAGCUGUUAACCAAGACAGAGUCUCUUAAUGGCAGCGUUCCCAACCACAGCGGUCCUUGGAGAGACAUUGCUGAAAUGGAGGAACUGUUCUCCAACAACACAGGUUCAAGAGAAUACACAUCAUUCACGUCCUCAAUUCAGAAGCCCAGGCCUAAGAAGAAAUCUCAAAAGGAUGGCCUUGCGAGACGUGAAGCAUUGAAACCAGGGAACUUGCCUCCUCCACCUGAGCCCCCUCCUGUAACGGAAGACCCACUCGAGCACCUGACAGACACACUGGACAACGGCGGGAGCAGGACGCCCCCACAACACAGAGAGAGAAGAUCAGACCGCAGAACAGCUGCACAGUGGAGCACACAAGAUGAAGAUUUAAUCCAGUAUUUCAAAGCAAACCAGCUGUCCAGCCACUGUUCCCUCUCCAGAAGCUCUGCCUCUCAAUCCUCCGCAACCUCGCGUUCCUUGGGGGCUGGAAGGAGGAGAAAUGAGAACAUGAUAUGAUGAGGAGAAGAAGUUGUCCUGUUGUUCACCACUCUACAUGCAACAUAUGCCGUGCAGUGUAUAUGCCUCCACGCUCUGGUCCUUCACCUGUUUUUUUUUCCUGUCAUUUUUGUCUAGGUGUUUUUUUAGAAAUGUUUUUUUAAAUGAUCCAUUGUUGUCCUACCUCUGUAUGUAUAUAUUUUUACAAUGUUCUUGUGUGAGGAAAAAGGCAUGCUGAAAGGUGUGCUAUUUUAUUUAUUAUUAUUAUUAUUAUUUAUUGUAUUUAUUAGUUUAAAAAGAAAAUCAAAUGUUUAACAAAAAUUGUCCGAAAAUUUUAGAUGAACAUGAUGUUUGAAUGUAUCUGGUGCAUACAUGUACGCCUCAAUGUCUACAUGUAAUAAAAAGGUGUUUCAACAUUUUUGUGAAAAAUAUAGCAGAUAUUAUCAGGCACGGUCUUUGUGAACAAACCAUCCAAUGAUACAUUAGUAAGCCUAUAGAAUACCAAAUGUUUCUUGUUGUAAAGUCUCCUUACUAUCAUGUGCUCACUGAAAGGUUUUUCUUUUCUCCUGGAGAAUGAUUCACGCCAUGUCAGACUGUUUUCCACUAAUGCAUCAAUCAUUUGCAGUUUUACAUGUUCGGAUUGCAUACAAAACACAAUAAAACUCAUGUUCUAAGACUUGCUUUACA